AACAGUACCAGUAAUUACAUCUGCAUCGGUGAGAAUAAGACAUGGGAUGAAUCUCGAAGCUACUGUCAGGCGAAUCACACAGACCUGGCCAGUGUGAGAGACGAGACAGAGAAGAAGGCACUAUUAGAGGCACUAAACUAUGAGCCUUGUCAAAAGGAAUUCUGGAUUGGCCUGAGUAGAGUGAAGUGGCAAUGGUCUGACCAGAGUGUCUUUCACAUCCAAAACUGGGAAGAUAAAGAGCCUAAUGGAGGAGACACAGAGAAGUGUGUGGAAAUGUGCGGUGAAACUGGACAAUGGGAUGAUGAAUCAUGUGACGAGACUCAAACGUUCAUCUGCUAUGAUGACGACCUGGUCCUGGUGCGUGAGAACAAGACCUGGGUGGAAGCCCUGAACCACUGCAGACAGCAGAGAUGGGAUCUGGUGUCCAUCCACUCUGAGAGGAUCCAGCACUGGGUGCAACGUCGGGCCAGAAACGCCUCCACCCCCUAUGUCUGGCUGGGCCUGAGGUACACCUGUAUACUGCAGGUCUGGUUCUGGGUGAGUGAACAGGCCCUUUGCAUCAUUCAAGAUCUCUAA